AUGCAAAUGUUUCUGGGUGUAGAUCCACCGUAUCGAAUCAUGGACAAGGUAGUUCUUCCUUCCGGCAUCUUUGCUUCCGGUCAAGAACCUGUAGGAGACCGCGUCAAUACGUAUUUCAAACUCAACACCAUUAGGGCUGUUCUGAAAGCUCUGCAGCCGGAAGAUCGACGCAAUAAAACCCUGUUUUGUGGUAAACCGAUAAGAGUGUCUUUGAGAGAAUUUGCCAUAGUCACUGGCCUCAACUGCAACCCGACGCCACCCAAGGAUGAACUAACUGUGAAAAGCAAACCUGGAGUUACGCCCUAUUGGUUCACUUUAUUCGGCGGUGAGGAGAAUGUCACCGGCGAGGAGAAUGUCACCAGCGAGAUAUUGUUGUCCAUGCUCCGCAAGGCCAAGAACCUAUCAUCUGAGAUACGGACCAAGUACGCAUGCCUUUUGCUUCUCGAUGGACUAUUAUGUCGCAGAUCAUUCAACAUGAAGAUCCCUAAAGAGCAUGUGGAGAUGAUCAGGAAUCUUGACUUUUUCUUGGCAUACUGA